CGGAGCGGCAACGAGCAUGAGUACGGAGCUACAGGUCUUGUCAUGGCCUGCACGAAACCGCAGCAGCGGCCCAGCAGGUGCCUUGUUUUCGCCUGCCAUGACCGCAUUGCCGUCCGUUAUGUUGAAGCGUAGGCCUUUACCUACGGGUUCCCGUAUGCGGGAUUGGCAGCAUGAAACGUAGGAAACGCCAUGAGAUAUGAACGUCUGGCAUGCUCUCCAAGAUAACUGGCUCGUGGACCGAAAACGGCGCUAUGUGGUCGCGGGAUGCGCCAUCGCAUUCACACUGUUCGUCGCAACCUUACUCUACCAAAGCCCCAAUCUCAGCCAGAGGAUCCUGAGCCAUGCAAAUCCACCCUCCAUCCCGUCAACACUUGACCAGGGCAAAGCAUCUUUGCCAGAAUUCUUCGACUGGCACACGCGCUCGCAGUUUCGCCCGGUCCAGCAGGCUGUCGAGAACAAAAGCGUACUAGAUCUCUGCCAUGCCUUCCCGACGCACCUCUUGCGCGACAUCCAGCCAGUGCUGAAAACGGGCCAUGCCGUGCUGGAAACCCGAGUCGGACCGCAUCUGCGAAGCGCCUCCGCAUGUCUCGAUAACUCCCUCCUCAUCUUCUCCGAUGUGGACGAGGACUUCUCCGGCUACCAAAUCAUUGACGUCGUCUCAGACCUUCGUUCCGACUUCGUGCGCGACAACAAGCAGCUCCGCAACUACACCAUCCUGAAGGAGCUGUCGGACAACGGCACCCUCCGACCAGGCGCCGGCUCUGACAUCAACGGCUGGCAGAUCGACAAGUACAAGUUCCUGCCGCAGAUCUCACGGGUCUGGCGCAUGCGGCCGGAAAAGCGAUGGUACGUAUUCUACGAAGACGACACGUACGUCGUUUGGGACAAUGUAUUCCGUCUGCUCACCAACUUCGACCCCGAUAUGCCGUGGUACUUUGGUUCUCCGUCUCCGGGCGUAGAGGGCACCUGGAUGGCUAAUGGUGGACCGGGCUAUAUUUUGUCACGGGAAGCCGUCCGCAGACUCGUCAGAGAUGACUUCGAUGCUGAAGGCGUGUUCAUCGGCUCAGCGCUGAGCCAAAGGUGGGAGGACGAGAUGACGGGUAACUGCUGCGGUGAUUCGGUGCUGGGCUUGGCGCUAUAUCAAGACGCACAUACGAGCUUGAGUGGAUUGUUCCCGAUGAUCCAACCCCACCCGCUACAUGGCAUACCUUUUAGCGACAGAUACUGGUGUCAGCCCGUUAUAUCCAUGCACAAGACUUUCAUCGAAGAUAUGGAGGGUUUGCGCCGGUGGGAAGAGAGUCGACGGCAAACCCGACGACCCCUGCUCUUUGCCGAUCUUGUCGAUUACCUCAAUCUGACUAAAGUCGCUGUCCGGGAAGACUGGGUCAAUAGUGAAUGGGGUGGGUAUCCACCACCUUCUGACAGCCCCGCGCACGCAUCAUUCGACGCUUGCGGGGAUGCAUGUAAGGCCGAUCCCAAUUGCUUCCAGUGGACAUACCACUUGCGAUCAUGCGUGUUUACCCCGUGGUUUCGGCUCGGGCAGGCCAAAGCGGCUGAAGUUGAGGAGUGGAGACCGCCGGAAGAAAAGUCAAUGCAAUGGAGUUCCGAGGACAAGAGAUUCAUGGCAGGCUGGGAUGUCGAGGGCAUCAAGCGGUGGAUGAGUGGUAAGGGCCGAGAUUGUAAGACCAUUCAGUGGGUCAGGCCGAGCGUGGAGAGGAUCUUUUGAUACGGCUACCUACCGGGAUGGAGUCUUUAUGAGCUCCAGGCGAAGCAUCCAGCAGCGAUGGUUCUGGAGUAGGUUAUACGUUGUCAGCGCAAGUUUCAAUCUUCCC